AUGGACGCGACGAUGCAGUCGUGGCGCAAGAAGAUGCCGAGCACGCGACAACUGACUUCGACGAUCAAUCAGCUCGUGCAGCAAAAGUCCGUGGCGGUGCUGUACACGCCCACGGAGGUCGAGCGCAUCCAGGAGAUGACGAGCAUGAUUGCGCAAGCGACGAGCGACUUUGAAGCAGACGAGGACUGGGAUCGGAUUUUACGGGUCGUUGAUGCGCUGAGUAACAUUCGAAAUCGCGCGGUGUUAAAAGAGUCGAUCCGGUACCUGAAGUUAAGGCUAGGCGAUUCGUCGUCCCGAGUCGUGAUUCUGGCACUGACAUUGACCGAGUCGAUCGUCAAGAACUGCGGGGACUUGGUGCACCAGGAGAUUGCGUCGGAGCCGUUUAUGAAUGAGAUGGAGGCGCUUUAUCGAGUGCAUGCAGCCAGACGUGGACGGGCUAGUAUGGAGAUUGCCAGUCGCGUGCUGGACAUGAUCCAGGCUUGGGGUGAAGCUUUCUUGCCGUUCCGGAAUGAGUUUCCUCUGUUUGUUGACACGUACCACAAUAUGCGCAAGAAAGGCGUCAAGUUUCCAGACCAGUACGACGAGUCCAAGGUGCCAGUCCUGACGCCGUCAUCUUCGGACGGGCUGGCAGGCAGUCGAAGUGGUGCUGCAAACACAGGGUCAGUCUUGUCGAACUCAGCACGCGAAUCGAGCUCGAUCGAUACGUCGUCGUAUUCCAACAGUAGUAGUAAACUGGGUGGGCUGUCGACGCCUGAGCUGUACCGCGUCGCGACAAACGUGGCAGAAAUGUUUGAAGACAUGCUGUAUGAGGCACAAAAGCAAACGUCUGGUAUUGGCAACCACGGAGUCAUGGAAGAAUUGGCCUUGGAAGUGCGAGAGAUCUUGCAUAGGAUGGAAGGUGCUAUCCCGAUUGCCCUUGCGGAGGAGGAUGCGCACCUUGAAAAGUACUUGUCCGUCAACGACGGUCUGCAUGCAGCACUAGAAAAGUACGACUUACUACUGCUUGCACGAAAUGAGAAGGCAGAAGAGAAGAAGACGGCUGCGAAGUCCGGGCGAGAACUUCUUAAUGAUGUCGAUUUGGUCGAUCCAUUUGGACUAAAGAUGGACCCAUCCCCGCCAAAUAAUCCCACUACGCAGGAUUUGAUCGAUGAUGACGAUUCGUUUGCAGACUUUGUGCACGCACGCACCGGAUCAAAGAUAGAAAACGUUGGCCGAAACAAGGGUUCUGCCAACAAAGACUCGAUUUUUGAAGUUGAGGACAAGUCUGCUGUUUCAGUGGAGCAGCACGAACAGGAGGUCGAUCCAUUUGCGAGCUUCGUGCAGCAGCGAGCCACUAAAAUUCUCAGUAGCGACGACCAGAAUAGUGAGAGCGAGACAAAGUCAGCAGCAACUGCAGCAAUACAGCUUGCAGACCCCACGAAAGACCUGAUCGACCUGUGGGAUGAUACGGCUCCCCCAGCACAUGUUGUCGCCCAGCCAUCAGUCGAACCUGCUCUAUGGUUGGAAGACGAUCUCACGGGCUUUUCGGGCCAGCCAUCGAAUGCGUUACUCACUGCUUCGACGAAGACGGCGGCUCAUGAUCCAUGGCGCGCUGACACGUUGUACAAGCCAAGUGUGUCUGUACUAUCACAGCCUCGUCCUUCUAGCACGACCAGCAGCACCAUCGUCAAUGACUCGAGCAGUCGCGUCCCGACAAAGGCACCUGCUUCUACCCUUACUUCGUCGAAUCCCUUCGACACCCUUGCGUUUGCUGGUCCGACUAUAUCACAGCAUCCAUCACGGCCGGCGACAAGUAACUCAUUUAAUCCUUUCGACAUGUAA